GCCAGGAGACAACAGGCAGGCGCCGCUCGGUCCAGAAGUCAGAGUGCGGGGGAGGGGGCGGACGGACGGACAGGGAGAACAUCGUUUGUCUGCUCAAUAAGAUGCGCUGAGGCGAGGACGGCACUGUUACCAUGGCGACGUGGCGCCGCUUGACAAGGACCAUGGAUGCAAACAAAUGCCUACUUUUCUUCACUCUCUGCACGCCGGUGUGUUGCUAUGCUGCACCGCGAGCCCAUGCCGAGGAGAAGCUACUCCGAGACCUCUUUGUGCGCUACAACAAGCUCCCCAGGCCGGUGGAAAACUCGUCGGACACGGUUCUCGUCCAGUUUGGACUGUCCAUCGCUCAGCUCAUAGACGUGGACGAGAAGAACCAGAUGAUGACCACCAACGUGUGGGUCAAGCAGGAGUGGAACGACUACAAGCUGCGCUGGAACCCGGACGACUACGAGAACGUCACCUCCGUCCGGAUUCCCUCAGAGAUCAUCUGGAGGCCCGACAUCGUCCUUUACAACAACGCCGACGGCGACUUUGCUGUGACGCACCUGACCAAGGCCCAGCUGUUCCAUGACGGGCGCGUCAAGUGGAUGCCCCCCGCCAUCUACAAGUCGUCGUGCAGCAUCGACGUCACCUUCUUCCCCUUCGACCAGCAGAGCUGCAAGAUGAAGUUUGGCUCGUGGACGUACGACCGCGCCAAGAUCGACCUGGUGGGCAUGGCGGGCGACGUGGACCAGAUGGACUACUGGGAGAGCGGCGAGUGGGUGAUCGUCAACGCGGUGGGCAAGUACAACACCAAGAAGUACGAGUGCUGCGCCGAGAUCUACGCCGACAUCACGUACUACUUCAUCAUCCGCCGGCUGCCGCUCUUCUACACCAUCAACCUGAUCAUCCCCUGCCUGCUCAUCUCCUGCCUCACCGUGCUGGUCUUCUACCUGCCGUCGCAGUGCGGCGAGAAGAUCACCUUGUGCAUCUCCGUGCUGCUCUCCCUCACCGUCUUCCUACUGCUCAUCACCGAGAUCAUCCCGUCCACCUCGCUGGUCAUCCCGCUCAUCGGCGAGUACCUGCUCUUCACCAUGGUCUUCGUCACGCUGUCCAUCGUCAUCACCGUCUUCGUCCUGAACGUGCACCACCGCUCGCCGCAGACCCACAGCAUGCCCCACUGGGUGCGACGGGUCUUCCUGGACGCCGUGCCCCGGGUGCUGUUCAUGAAGAGGCCGCCCGGCACGGCCAAGCGGAACUGCAAGAAGCUGAUUGAGAUGCUGCACCGGCCCGCCGUCGUAUCCGCCACGGGCAACUCCCAGACCUUCUGGACGGGUUUCGGCACCAGCGGACCCAAGACGCCGUCCGACGGUCCUGACAUCCACGUCUGUUCUCCGUCUCCGCCUGCCUCCCCUUUUAAGGACGAGACCCUGGUUAAAGCCCACAUCUUUUCCCGGUUGCCCCCGGAACAGUACUCCGGUCUACACAGAGGACACCACUUGUCUUCUUCUCUGUUGUCCUUGCCCCCGACGUUGCCUCUAGGCCCCCUCCGCCGCCAAUCCAAGGAAGACGCCAACGCGCUUUCCCCGAACGGACGCUCCCACAGCGUAGAGCAAAUAUCCGACUACCAGAGGGAGCCUCGGCAGCGUGAGCCGGGCAGCUUCUGCUACCGCUUCCUGCACAAUGAAGGACCGAAUAACUGGACGGAGUCUGCAGACAGGGCCGAACCACGAUCGCCCACAAAGUGCCUCAAAGCCGAGUCCACGAGAGAACCAGGGAACCCACCCGAGGGGGCGGUUCUGUCCAUCUCCCCGGCUGUGCAACGAGCCAUCGAGGGAGUUCAGUACAUCGCAGACCACCUCAGGGCCGAGGACGACGACUUCUCGGUGAAGGAGGACUGGAAGUACGUGGCCAUGGUCAUCGACAGGAUCUUCCUCUGGAUGUUCGUGCUGGUGUGUAUUCUGGGGUCCGUGGGACUCUUUCUUCCACCGUGGCUGGCCGGAAUGAUCUAAGAACUUCACCUCUCUUUUUCCCACCAGUCAAAGGGUUGCCCAAUUGUUGAUUUGCAUAAAGGUUAUAAACAGGACGGAAGGCACCAGAAGCGCGUACAUAGAGAGUUCCGUUUGACUUUGUGACACCAUUGCAAAGCUUUGUGGGUCCGAACGAUUCUAUUCCAUUUUAGAUUCCUGCGGUGAUCAUACGAUUCAGAAUUGAUUCUCGAUUCAUUGCGAUUCUUGCAAUGUGUUAUGUGAUAUAAUAAUUAUGAUGAAACUUUUUUCAAAAUAGGUUACAGGUUAGAAAAGCUAAAAAUAUUCAAUAUAUUGUAAAUUCUGAACUAUAAGCCGCUUCCUUUUUCCCACGAUUAUAAAACGGUGAGGCUGAUCUAAGGAUUUUUCUUCAAAUGUUAUCAAUAAACACAAGUAAAGACAUUUAAGUAGUGUGUUAUCAUUUGUGCAGUGGCACCUUUUUGUGGACAAGUUUUGAACCGGAAGUAAAAGUGCCGUUUUGUUUUCUAAGCCGUCCACAGAGUUCCGACUCGUAUGAUUCUUCGUUCAUCACACCAAACAACGUUUGUAAGUUUUACAAUGUAACUAAAACUAUUCUUACUUAAUAAAGCGUCCCAUGUGU